CGUCUACUAAGCUUUAAUUUUAAAUUGUAUUACGUGUGUCCAUUCUUCCAAACUUGGUUAGCAAUCCAAUUGGUAACUUGUGGGCUAACUUUUAACUGACAAGGGUAACAUCAUAGAGUUUGCUGAAACAAGUGAUUUUCUAACCAUUGGAAUAAUAAUGGAUUACUUCAAUUUCUAAGUUCAUGAACAUUUAUUCUGAGACCUGUUCGUAUGUGAGUAAUAUGAUAAGAUUUUAAUUGUAUAAAGGAAUUAAGUCGGUGGAUUAAUUGUCAAAUUUAAGCUUUCGUAUAAUAGCGUAUAGACCAGGACUGAUAACAUUUUAAGCACACAUCCUUAUAGUUAUAGAUAGUUUAACUGGCGGUCCUCGGCUAACAACAUCUUGGAUAGUUCUGGUUGUACCAAAUUACUAUAUUCUACAACAAUAGAAAUAACAGCAAUAAAAUAUACAUUUAAUGGCAGUAGAACAGGGGUUCUCAGCGUGUGGGUCGUGACACCUUUGGCGGCCGCACGACCCUUAUUAUUAUUAUUAUUAUUAUUAUUAUUAUUAUUGAUGGAUUUAUAUAGCGCUGUACCCCAGCCUAGGGCAAGGCUCACUGCGCUUCACGUAAAAAUUAGCAAUUACAGAAACAUAUACAUUUAAAAACAACAAUUGGGGAAAAGCUUGACCUCACCCACUCAAGUACUAUCGACCCCUGUCUAGUCAUGGACAGCACCCACUCAAGUACUAUCUACCCCUGUCUAGUCAUGGACAGCACCCACUCAAGUACUAUCUACCCCUGUCUAGCCAUGGACAGCACCCACUCAAGUACUAUCUACCCCUGUCUAGUCACGGACAGCAACCACUCAAGUACUAUCUACCCCUGUCUAGUCACGGACAGCACCCACUCAAGUACUAUCUACCCCUGUCUAGUCACGGACAGCAACCACUCAAGUACUAUCUACCCCUGUCUAGUCAUGGACAGCAACCACUCAAGUACUAUCUACCCCUGUCUAGUCAUGGACAGCACCCACUCAAGUACUAUCUACCCCUGUCUAGCCAUGGACAGCACCCACUCAAGUACUAUCUACCCCUGUCUAGUCAUGGACAGCACCCACUCAAGUACUAUCUACCCCUGUCUAGCCAUGGACAGCACCCACUCAAGUACUAUCUACCCCUGUCUAGCCAUGGACAGCACCCACCCAAGUACUAUCUACCCCUGUCUAGCCAUGGACAGCACCCACUCAAGUACUAUCGACCCCUGUCUAGUCAUGGACAGCACCCACUCAAGUACUAUCUACCCCUGUCUAGCCAUGGACAGCACCCACUCAAGUACUAUCUACCCCUGUCUAGUCAUGGACAGCACCCAGCAGCAUCGAGCGUUGUGUAUCAAUAAGAAGGGGGGUGAGAAUGAGCCGGUAUAGUACAGUUUGAAGAGAUGGGUCUUGAGGGCAGUUUUAAAGAGAUGGGUCUUGAGGGCAGUUUUGAAGAGAUGGGUCUUGAGGGCAGUUUUGAAGAGAUGGGUCUUGAGGGCAGUUUUGAAGAGAUGGGUCUUGAGGGCAGUUUUGAAGAGAUGGGUCUUGAGGGCAGUUUUGAAGAGAUGGGUCUUGAGGGCAGUUUUGAAGAGAUGGGUCUUGAGGGCAGUUUUGAAGAGAUGGGUCUUGGGGGCAGUUUUGAAGAGAUGGGUCUUGGGGGCAGUUUUGAAGAGAUGGGUCUUGAGGGCAGUUUUGAAGAGAUGGGUCUUGAGGGCAGUUUUGAAGAGAUGGGACUUGAGGGCAGUUUUGAAGAGAUGGGUCUUGAGGGCAGUUUUGAAGGCUGUGAUUGUCGUUAUAUUGCGGUUGUGUGAUGGGAGAUAAUUUCAUUGUUUUGGGGCACAGAAAAAACGAGAGAUCGUUCACUAUAUGUUUUAAUGCGUGUUCUGUGCAGGAACGAAGUGUCGCCUUAAAAAAUAUGGAGAAAAAAAACAUAUUUAUGAAAUAGCAACGAAACUAAUGUUAUGGUUGGGUGGUCACCACAACAUGAGUAACUGUAUAAAAGGGUCGCGGCAUUAGGAAGGUUGAUAACCACUGUGCACUAGAAGAUAAAGCAAUCGAAUGGACACAUGUGGUCACGACGUGAAAUUCAAGAUUUAAAAUUCUUGAAGACUCCACAAUGGACCAAAAAAUAUUAGAUGUAAAGAAAAAAAAAAUAUUUUUUAAACUUUGUAAGUACCUGUAAUAAGGUUCUAUUUAAUGUUAUUUAAAUUCACUAAAACUAUAAAUAAUAUUUUAUUUUUUAUUUGACUUGUGAGGUCACAGAUCAAUUUGUUUCGACCAAUAAUAUUGUCAGAAAAAUGUGUGGGCAUACUGGCCAAGAUUUUAUAAUCCAUGCCCAUCUUUCAAUGCUAAACAUUAUCGAGUUUGUAACCUAUAUACUCUAGGCACAUAUAUUAUUCUGUAUACUAUAGCCCUUUAUAUUAUUUAUAUAUUUAAUCUAGGCCUAUAUAUUAUUUAUAUAUUAUAUUGAAGGCCUAUAUAUCAUUUUUAUAUUUACUAUAGGUCUAAAUAUGUUUAUAUAUACUAUAGGCAUAUAUAUUAUCUAUCCACACUGCAGGGCUAUAUAUUAUUUAUGCAUAAUAUAGGCCUACAUAUUAUUUAUGCAUACUAUAGGCCUAUAUCUUAUGUAUAUAUAUAUAUAUUCUAGGCCUAUAUAUUACUUUGCUUGAAAGGUUUUGAUUCCACACGCUUUCAAAAUAAUUCGCUCAAACUUCAGUAGAUGAUAUAGUAGAUACAAGUUAUCUCUUUGACUGUGACCAGAGCAUAGGCAAACUAGGCGACCGCCCAGGACCCAGAGGCGUAGCGAGGGGGGCAGGAGGACAUAUGUCCCUGGGCGCGAGCUAGUAAGGGGCACCAAAAUGUGCUUUAAUAUUGUUUUGUUGAUGAAAACAAUGGGUUUGAGAGUGGAAAGAAAGAAAAGGGGACGCUUUAAAAUGGAUCUUGUCCCCGGGCGCGAAUCUUGUCCCCGGGCGCCAAACACCCUCGCUACGCCUCUGCUAGGACCCCACUGCCAAGGGGCCCCGCCGGGCGCUUUUCUUUUUAGCCUUCAACUUGUAAGUUCAUAUAUUUCAGAAGUACACGUUUUCUCUAGUGGCGGAAUCAUCAAUAUGGUUAGUGGUUACACGCGAGCGAAGAGGAAACAGUGACGAAGGAAGAAUGGAGAUACUGGGUGGUGCUUUCUCCUCAACUAUGGGGGAGCUCCGUCCCCAGGACCCCCCUUUCCGGGGCCCCCUACCUAUGCUCCAUGCCUAGGGCCCCCCAAAAUCCUAAGAACUGCUAUACUGUGACGUCUUAUUAAUUUUAGUAACUUAACUUUCUUGUUUUAAAAGAAAAUUCUCCAUAUCAUAAAGAGGCCGACCGUAUUUCUGUUUCGGUGCCGAAAGUUGCCAUUUGAUCACUUUCGGCAUUGUUUCGGUUUCGCUCGAAAAAGAGCAGAGAAAUUUCGGUUUAUUUUCGAUUUCGGCCGAAAAUGGUUGAGGCUUUAGGUCGCCUACCAGAAGUCAGACUGUCUGUAUAUCCAUUAUUGCUCGACGUCUUGCUGCCAUCGUACGCUAUAUGACUAACCCUACCUAUGCGAUCACUGCUCACAGCUGCAUGAUGAUCUACUUUUCCAAUAUUUUCAAACAUUAAAUUGCAAUUAGGCUUAGGCAACGGUAAAUAGUUUUUUGGACACAAAAAAAACCUAAGGGAAUGGUAAUAUUCAUGGGCGCCCGCAGGUAGGGGCAAGGUGGGGCACUUGCCCCCCCCCUGGAUUGAUUGGAUAAAAAAAAAUUUAGACAAAAAUAGACAAAAAAUGUAUUAAAGUAAAGAGAAAAUAAAGAGAAAGUAACUAAGCUGAUGUCCUGUCCGUUCGUUCACCAUACAAUUACGCUACAGUAAAUAAAACUAUAUUAAAACAUUACUAAAAAAUUGUUGCCCCUCCCCACCCCUGGAAAGUUAAUCGAUUUUUUUCUCCCCCCCCCCCCCCCGAAAGUUUUCUGCGGGCGCCCAUGGUAAUAUUAUUGGUAAUAUUAUUUUUUAAUUUCAUUUUUUUUAAAUUCAUUUUUGGGGCAACUUGCUUGAUUCAAUUUAUUCAUUGGUGACAUUCACUUUGAUUUAUCAUUAGGAUGCUCAUCAAUGCUGUCAUAGGCAAAGGGGGAUAAUAUUGUGGACAACAAAAUACUAGGCAGUGGUAACAUUUCCUUUAUUUAUUUAUUUUUAUUUUUUAAAUGUUAAAUAAUUGUUUGAAUUUAAUGAUAAAAUGACCCCUCCAAACAUGGCUGCAAGCGUUAGUGUCAGAUAAAAUAAAAAAUGAAAGUUAAACGGCAGUUGUUGUUGUUGUUUUUUUUUAAAAUAGGUUCCAAAAUAAUGAAUUUACCUCAAAUUGCUUAUAACUUAUAAUUUAUUUGUGUGCUUUAAAAGUAAAAACUAUUUCAAGUUAUAUUAGCUGGUGUUUACAAAAUGAAUCUGCUCUUGUUAUUUUCACGACUAUGAGGAAAAAAAAACAAAUUAAUUUAAAAUGUUGAUACGGAUAAGAAAAACAGUCAACCUUUUUUUUUUUUCAUCCUUGCGGUGGGGCGCGGGAAUCUGGGAGGGGUCUAAGUGUGGGGCGCGGGAAUCUGGGAGGGGUCUAAGGGUGGGGCGCGGGAAUCUGGGAGGGGUCUAAGUGUGGGGCGCGGGAAUCUGGGGGGGGUCUAAGUGUGGGGCGGGGGAAUCUGGGAGGGGUCUAAGUGUGGGGCGCGGGAAUCUGGGAGGGGUCUAAGUGUGGGGCGCGGGAAUCUGGGAGGGGUCUAAGUGUGGGGCGCGGGAAUCUGGGAGGGGUCUAAGUGUGGGGCNGGGAGGGGUCUAAGUGGGGGGGGGGGGGAUGUGGGAGGGGUCGAAGGGGGGGGCGCGGGGAUCUGGGAGGGGUCUAAGUGUGGGGCGCGGUAAUCUGGGAGGGGUCUAAGUGUGGGGCGCGGGAAUCUGGGAGGGGUCUAAGUGUGGGGCGCGGGGGGUAGGUUGCGCAGCACUGGCAUGUUGUCAUGUGAUAGUCAUCCUUAGACAAACGCAUCCGUGUUGAGACCCCACACCGCAUUCCGGCUGCUAGAAUCUCAGUCACAGAUGACGCGUUGAAAUGUCAAAUUAAGGCUAAUUUUUUUGCUGAUAUUUCCAUUCUAAUUUAUUUAUGUUUACUUUGGCAAAUUAUGGUAGCUUGAAUUUGUUUCUGUCUUUACUCGAUUAAUAGCUAAUGCGCUACAAUCUCCACAGCGAAAUUCCAUACGACUCUGAAAUGACUCGCUGUGCUACUUUUUAAGCGCCCAGCUCAGCAGCCCCGGUUGAUGCAAGUGUGUGGAUUGUUGACAGUGUUUGGGUCACCGACACCAUGGCACACGACUCACCGACCCAAAAGUACGGUUACCUGGAUAUCAAACAGUCUUCGUCGGUGAAGGGGAGGAGGUUAAAGGUAAUCGUACUGUUUUUAAAGCACACAUUCAGACACGUGUUAAAGAGUUGGCCCGUGCAAAGGUGAAAGUUAAAGGUAAUCUAAUUGUUUUAAGCUCUACUAAGCGAUACUACAACAUGCUGCUUCACAUUUCAGUCCUGGCGGAGGCGAUGGAUAGUUGUGACCAAAAUGAGCAACCUUUCCAGUGAUGAGUUCGCGGCCAAGCUCGACUUGUACGAGACCGAGACCGGCUGGCGGAAUCAGUCCUCCGACAAGACGACAUUCAUGCUGGAGAACGUCACGUCCAUCCAACCCGUGCGGUCAAAGACCCACAGAAACGCCUUCGAGAUCGUGGAGCGCAACCCGGUGCUUGUUCUCAGCGGGUGCUCGGACUUGGAGUCCUACAGUUGGAUGCUGACGCUGCAGCUGAUUCUCACUCCGGAUCUAAUUGAGGUCAAGAAAGGUAUACUAUUUAUAGGAGAUAUUUUGCUGGAAAAUGUGCCGCUGGGUGUAAUGCAGGGAUUUCUUGUAUUUGAAUUUUGAAUAUUACAAGUUGGCCAUUGCAUAGUCAUUUUUAUGUUGUUUUUUUUACGAAGUAGCUAUUCGUACCCGGGUACCAGAAGUGAGAGAUUGGGAUUAAAAAACUAUUUCUAAUUUCAUUGUUGGGUUUGUAAGACAAAAUGAGGUAUUAAAUGAAAGAUACUUGAAUGGACUAUAUGUUUGUAAACAUUUAUUCUUCAGUUUAACUAUAAUAAACCACCACAAAUAACAUCCGAAUAGCACUGAGUCAAAAUGGACCCAGACAUUCUCACCCGGGUACCAUUUGACUCAAGCUAUUCGGAUGUCAUUUGCGGUAGUUUAUUUUAGCUAAACUGAAGAAUUAAGUUUACAAACGUACAGUCCAUUCAAUUAUCUUUCAUUUGAUACCUCAUUUUGUCUUUCAAACCCAAAAAUAAAAUUUUAAAUAGGUUUUUAAUCCCAAUCUCUCACUUCUUGUACCCGGUUACGAAUAGUCGCAGCCUUUUUUUUUUUUAACUGGUCGCUGGUACUGGUAUGAAAUAUAUUUGUUUCAAUUUAUAAAACUUAUUCGAGGUAAUUUUUUAUCAACCUUCCUUGUGUCUUAAGUCUUGGAGAAAUAAACAACUUAGUCUUGUCAGACAAUUUAAUCAAUUUAAAUCUGCCGUAUCUUUAUUUUCACAUAAUAUUUUUAAGAGGGGGGGGGGGCAUAAAUUAAGCAUCGGNGGGGGGUUGUCAUAAAUUUAUGAAGAUGUAUUUAAAUGCAUUUUAUUUAGGAUGUCUAAAUCUUGUGACGAUUCGAGGAAAGGGAGGCAAAAAAUCGACCAAAAUAGCGUGACGUCAUUAUAGGUUGCCCCUAUGUCUAUUAUAAAAAUAAGUAUGUGGGCCGCAAAUUUGAAAUAGUCCUUGGUCAAAAGAUUGAAUCUUAUAUCAAAGGGAUGUGAUUAGAAUAAAAUUUAACGUGACAUUUUUUAUAACAAGUUACCUCCCUCCUGAAUUAUUAAUUCUCUCCCCCUCCAACUCACAGGUUUAUUAUUAUAAUUUACAUUAAUGCGAGCCUACUAUGACUAAAAUGCUCAUUUAAUACAUGUAUUUAAAUUCAAAAAUAUAAUUUAGUACUAGUACUUGGAUACAUUUUAUAAUUAUAAAUGGAGUGUGAAAUUAUGCAUGUUUUAAUUUAUAUAUUUAUCAUAAAUUACAUUUUUCAAGAAAAAAGCAGUUUUUCAAGUUAUGAUUUUUACGAGUAGGCUAAAUAUAACUUCCUUGUUGCUAUUGUUAUAGUAUAAAAAUUUCAUAUUAUAUUCUUUAGUAAUAAGCAAUAAACAAAGAAUAAGAAGUGCAGUGUCUCAAUACAACUAAUAAGAUGUGCAUUUUCUCAAUACAACUUUCCCACUAUCCCUUACAGUGCUUCAUCCAAAUAAUAUUCCUGCCUUCCCUAGAAUGCUAUCAAGUCAGUGUGUCAAGUAACGAUCACUCCAAGAAGUGGAGUUUAUCUGGUGACAUGACCAUGAGAGUGUCCCCAACGUGCAUCAGUCUGGUAGACAAGACGAACGUGUGCAUCCUCAGUUGGGGACUCAGUACGCUCAAGAAAUUUGAUGUCCAAAAGGAAUCUAUCACUGGCGUGAUGAACAUAUUAGUGAUAGAAUGUGGUCCGUAAGUAGAUUCACAAUUUUUAGGGAUUGAAUGUGGUCCGUAAGUAGAUUCACCAUUUUAGGGAUUGAAUGUGGUCCGUAAGUAGAUUCACAAUUUUUAGGGAUUGAAUGUGGUCCGUAAGUAGAUUCACCAUUUUAGGGAUUGAAUGUGGUCCGUAGAUUCACAAUUUUUAGGGAUUGAAUGUGGUCCGUAAGUAGAUUCACCAUUUUUAGGGAUUAAAUGUGGUCCGUAAGUAGAUUCACCAUUUUUAGGGAUUGAAUGUAGUCUACAAAGUAGAUUCACAUUUUUAGGGAUUCGAUGUGGUCUAUUAUAAGUAGAUUCGUGAUUUUUUAGAAAUUGAAUGUGGUCUAUUAUACGUAGAUUCAUCACUUUUACGGAUGGAAUAUGGUCUGUUAUAAGUAGAUUCAUCGUUUUUAGGGAUUUAAUGUGGACUAUUAGUAGUUUUCAGUACAUUAGAUAGUGCAAAAUUUAUAUCAAUCAUUCUAGCAAAUUUCAGGUAGUUUAUUGAUGUGAUGUCCUUGGAUAUAAAAUUAAGGUUUAAUAUGUGAUGGUAGAUUUUUUAAACAGGUUAUUCCUAUGAGAGUAUAAAUAUAACAAAAGCUAAAAAAAUAAUGUACCGGGUAAUAUAUAUUAAUGCGAUAAAAAUCAGUAAUGAGAUAAAAAAUUAAACCAAUUUUAACUUAUCAGUCCUUAGCUCAUGCUUGUGUGUCUCAGUGAACAAAUCACCUUACCCACGCUCGUCUUGCAUCACUCACUCUCAAUGAUCAGCUCGCUUUAACCUUGAAAUAUUUCCCCAACAGAAACUCACCCACUGGCCAAAGCUGCUUUCGGUUCGUGUCUGAUGAGGCUCAGGACAUCCUGAGUGCUAUCCGGCAAUCUAUCUGCUUGGCCUUGGAACAAAAACAAAAUGCCAGGAAAGCAGCCGCUCCGAGGCAGAGGGCGAUAUCCGUCACAGUCAGCGAAAAAAGCUUCCAGCACCUUCUGGAAAACAAUCCGGUUUUUGUAGAUUCAAGAGAUAGGUCCGGGUCGGACAGUUCAAACUCGACCACUUGCACAAACACCGGCACCUCCCCCACUUGUUUAGUCUCCCCUGCGAUGCUGAAGCAGGAGAUGAUCAACAGUAACAACUCAUUUCGUCAGCGCUCCGCAGAGUCCGGUUCGGUGGCCGCAAGAUCUGGCUCCGAGCUGGAAGCACUGGUGGAAGGGGAGGAACCGUCACACGGCAGCGUUACCGGAAAUGAGCCGAACUCAAAACAGGGCGAGAAGAAGGAGAACGGGCACAGGAGGCAAAACUCCCAUCCCAAUAAAUUAAUAAAAGACGGCGGCUACAGUGUUAUCAAAGAUGUUGGGCUGCCUGCAAAGGUCAGGAGAAACACCUUCAGCUCCGAGUCUUUAGAGAACGCUGGUGACGACGCCAUCGUUAAACAAGAUAUUGUCACUGGCGACCACUUACUUCUUGUCGAUGAUAUUGAUUCACGGUUCGACAGCUCCAUCCAACUGAGUAAAUCCGACAGAUAUGCGCGGUACAAAGAACAACGUAAUGGAGCUCCGUUCACAACAAUGACUUUUCCAAGGACUUCGGAUGACACAUCAUCUCUGACGCAUGAUCACAGGAUUGAAAAGUCACAUGAGGCCAAGCUCACAUCCUCGCCCGUUGAUUCGACAAGAAGGAGGUCAAACAGUACAGGGGAUAUUCAGGGCCGUCGUAGACACCGCACAGCAGAAGCCAAAUUCGAGAACGAUUAUGAAGAACUGGAUGAGCUGAGAGCUUCUGUGCAAAAAAUAAUUAGGUCAAAGAAAACCGAUUCACCUCCUGAAUUGCCUGCACGACCCAGUUCCAAGAGUUUCAGCCAUCAGAAUUUGGACUUCUCCUCCCUGAAAAAGAAACGUUUUACCUUCAAGCGGCCUUCGUCUCAAAACAAGCAAGACGGCCAGCCGAAAGCCAUGAAUUCAAACAAGUGCACAUGUUAUGACGUCAGAUCCGAGAGACAUCACUUCGUGUCAGAAAUGGCCGCUUGUGUGGUUUGCGGAGGGGCAACAAUUACUAAUCCCCCAUGGAACAUUGUGAAGUCCUUGAGCAAUGAAGAACUGGUUGGGAGCACACAUUCGAGUGUCAGCGAUCUGUACAUGAGCAUUCCAGAUGUCAACAAUUCCCUAACCAAACGCAGAAGAUCCUCAGACAUAACCCCGGUCUCGUCCUCUUUUCUUUUGGGAUCUAGCAGCCUGACAAAUGCGUUCAACACAACACAAAAACCAGCAAAUUCCUCUCAGCAACAAACUGAAACCAGCAUCCCAUUCAUUGCAGAUCCAUUUAAAGUUCGCAUUGCAGCACCAACGGCAAUCGUGGAACCUGUAAAGAGCAGCUCAGGAGACCCUCUGAUGACAUUUUUUUUGGAUGAUGAUGGUUUCCCAUCUCACCCCAUGGUAACGGGUCAGCUUCCAUCACAGAUUUCGCCCUCCAACCUUGACCUUCUCACAUCGACUGACUUAACAGGAUUUUCACACUCACCGCCUCCUGUCCCAUCUCCGCAGCUGCCUAUGCCUCCGUUCCCAGGACAAUUUUUUUACCCUCCCAUUCUUAUCCCCUUGGGGUUGGCCCCGGGAAAUGGGCUCCCUGCAAACUGGUGGAGCGAGGCCCCGCUGUCACCGCCGUCAUUUCCCGGCCUCCAUUCUUACAGCUACCAGAACAACGCAGUCCACGCGGGGCAGGCGAGGCUCCAGGAAGCGCACUACACAACAAUGGGAUACAAAUAUGACGGCAACGGGUUUGCCCGUGUCAACAAUGUGACUGACAUCACGGAGAAACUUAAGCCAUUGGCACUUCUUGAUGACAGUGUGUACAUUACGUCUACUGGACUACAGGAAGGGAAACAUGUGGACCAUUGAUGCCAGAAGCAACUUUCAGCAUUACAAUUUGAAUAGUGUGAUAUUUAUUGUACCGUCCGAUUCCAAUUUAAAAUGUAAAAUGCCAAGAGUGAUUCAUACGGUGUUAUUGGCCACAUAUUCGGUGCUUAAUUCAUGUAGAUGUCAGAACGUAACAAUUUCUACCACUGCGGGAAACCAGUGGCAAGUUUCUUGGUAUUCCUGCAUUACUUUGCUCACCUGUACCAUUCAUGAAAUAAUAAGAAACUGACCAGCGAUAGGUGGCAAACAUUGCAGAAAACACUUGGGUAAAAAAUUCGAUUAUUAUUUAGAUCCAUCGUCGUGAUUGAAUUAUUUUAUAUCCAUGUCAAUCAAUAAAAAGAUUUUAAUUAUUUUAAUCAUCUUUUACUUAUUAACAGGACCCAAAAGGUAAAAAAAAAUAUUUUAAAAAAGUAAACACAUUUGCUUUCUAUGCCGUAGAUCAGCGUUCCCCAAACGGUGGUCCGUGGACCGGCACCGGUCCGCAAGCCUUACGUUACCGGUCCAGAGAGCAUGAAUAUUGAUGUUUAAAUAGAAAGAAAUGUAAUUAAUAAAUCUGGCACCGGUCCCUGGUGCCGUUUCGAAACUAGUCAACCGGUCAGUGAAACUUAAGUUUGGGAAACGCUGCCGGAGAUAAUUCCUAAAUUGUAGUAUGGUACCCAAGACAUAUCCUCCGGGCAGGGACUCAAAAAUACAAGCACCCAUCACUAGACCACAAAAAAACAAAAACAAAAUGCACCCGGCUCAGCAGCCCUACAGAUCCAUUUUCCUCAAGGCUAACACUAAAACAGUUAACAGUUGUAACUUCUUCAUUUGAAUAUGCUAUAAGAACAUUAAUGUGCAACAUAGUGAACUAAGACUGGCUGACCUGAAUGAGCUAAAACACCUGAAUUAGCCAAGACUGACUUGAAUGAGCCAAGGCUUACUGACUCGAAUAAGCUAAGCGAGCUAUAACUAACUUGAAUAAGCCAAGGCUGACUGGCUUGAAGGAGCCAAGGCUGACUGGCUUGAAGGAGCCAAGGUUGACUGACUUGAAGGAGCCAAGGCUGACUGGCUUGAAGGAGCCAAGGCUGACUGGCUUGAAGGAGCCAAGGUUGACUGACUUGAAGGAGCCAAGGCUGACUGACUUGAAGGAGCCAAGGCUGACUGACUUGAAGGAGCCAAGGUUGACUGGCUUGAAGGAGCCAAGGCUGACUGACUUGAAGGAGCCAAGGCUGACUGACUUGAAGGAGCCAAGGCUGACUGGCUUGAAGGAGCCAAGGUUGACUGGCUUGAAGGAGCCAAGGUUGACUGACUUGAAGGAGCCAAGGCUGACUGACUUGAAUGAGCCAAGGCUGACUGACCUGAGAGGCCAAGGCCGACAGGCUUGACUUUUGUCCUGCAGUUGCCCCUGCACAUUUCUCAUUGACUGACAGUGCUCUAACAACAUUUCUCAUUGACUGACAGUGCUCUAACAACAUUUCUCAUUGACUGACAGUGCUCUAACAACAUUUCUCAUUGACUGACAGUGCUCUAACAACAUUUCUCAUUGACUGACAGUGCUCUAACAACGCAAGAAAUAACACAACACACUGCAGGAAAUAAAUAUUUUAAUUUAUUUCAUAUUUAUUACAUAUUGCGUGUGGAAUGAAGACACAAACACUUACACGUUUCUGUUUCAUAAACAACACAGUGUAGCACAUUAGUUAGAAUAGUAGCAAGUUUGUAGCUAUGUACAAUACAAAAAGCGACAAGAGGAAAGAUACACUUUUUUUUAUUUACCGAACACUCCCGAAGUAUUUUUCACUUUCUCAAUAUAUCACAAAAUGUCUACAUUGAUGUAAUUAAAAGUUUGAUGAACCCAUAGCAUCUUUUUAAUUCAGCUCUACAUUUAAUGUUUUUCUAUACCGUAUCUUCCAACAGGAAGAUUAAUUUGAAGAAAGACAACUUUUCCAAUUUUAAUUUUAUACUAAUUUAUGUGUCGGACUAAUCUCCCCUGUACCGGUAUCACAAAAUAUUUAUAUUGUCAAAAAUGAUGGAAACUAAUAACGAUGUUAACAUUUACCUUUAAUACUUUAUACUUUGAAUGGAAUGCGUCCACUUCUAAAGUUUGUUUCAUUAUAUUCCAAACAACCUAGCCACACUUAGUAAUAGUAGUAAUAGGUUCUUUAUUUUCAAUCCAUUUAUCAACUACCUUGUGCUACACUGUCCAAAAAAAAAUAUAAAAAAUUGGCAGUUACAAUAGUAAAAAAUCCUUUCUGCUCAAGAUGAUUUGGGUUUCCAUAGAUGUUUUAAAAUCUGUAAGGUGAAAACAAAAUAAUACAAACAAAUUCAUAUUUUUUCUUCAUAGAAUAUCAAAUAGAGAACAUGGUCCACAAGUGUUUUGAAUUGACAUAGUUUGUGUAGUGAAAAAAAAAAUAUUUUGGAAGAAGUAUUUGAAAAUCUUGAAAUAGAAGAACACAAUUGGUUUCUCAUUAAGUUAAAAUGUGGUCACCAGCUAGUUACUCUAUCAGAACACAUCAAGUUUGAACACAGUCCCAGAAGCAGGGCCAGUUUUAAAUAAGCAACAGUAAGUACUACAAUGGGUAGAUAGCUGAUGAAUAUGAUAUAAGUUUAUGACAAGAUGAUACCCAGUCGCUAACUAAUUAUUUAUAGCCACUAUAUAAUUGUAUCACAUAUAUUCUUU